UCAACCCAGCUCUGGAGCCCAGCUCAGCUCUAGAACCCAGUCUAGCUCUGAGACCCGGCUCGGCUCUGAAACCCAGCUCAGCUCCAGAACCCAGCUUAGUACCAGGAUUCAGUUUAGCUCUGAGAGCCAGCCCAGCUCUGGAACCCAGACCAGUUCAAGAAUGCAGUCCAGCUCUGAAGCUCAUCUUAGCUCCAAAUCCAAGUUCAGCUCUGGCACCUGGCUUAGUUCUGAGUCUAAGCUCAGCUCCAGAACCCUACCCAGCUCUGAAACUCAGGCCAGUUCAAGAAUACAGCCCAGCUCUGGAACCCAACUCAGUUCCAGAACCCAGCCUGUUUCUGGAACCCAAACCAGUUCCAGAACCCAGACCAGUUUUGGAACCCAGCUCAGAUCUGAGACUCAGCCCAGUUCAGACACCCAGCCCAGCUCUAGAACCCUGACCAGUGCAAGAAUUCAGCCCAGCUCUGGAGCCCAGCUCAGUUCCAGAACCCAGCCCAGCUCUAGGAUUCAGUUCAGCUCUGAGACUCAACCCAGCUCUGAAACUCAGGCCAGUUCGAGAAUACAGCCCAGCUCUGGAGCCCAGCUCAGUUCCAGAACCCAGCCUGUUCCUGGAACCCAAACCAGUUUUAAAACCCAGACCAGUUUGGGAACCAAGCUCAACUUAGACACCCAGCCCAGCUCUGGAACCCAGACCAGUGCAAGAAUUCAGCCCAGCUCUGGAGCCCAGUUCAGUUCCAGAACCCAGCCCAGCUCCAGGAUUCAGUUCAGCUCUGAGACCCAGCCCAGUUCUGAAAUCCAGACCAGUUUAAGAACUGAGCCCCACUCUGGAAUCCACCAUAGUUCUAGAACCCAGCCUGUUUCUGAAACCCAAUCCGGCUCCAGAACCCAGACCAGCUUAAGAAUCCAGCGCAGUUCUAGGAAUGAGCUUCGCCCACAGACCCCAGGCCUUGACCCUAGAACCCAGUCUGAUCCCACUCCUCCAGCCCGACCUCAGCCCCCAGACCCACCACCAAGAGCCCCAACUCCGGGCCCCAGCAAAGUCUCUCAGCCUCAACCCCAGCCCCAUGAUCUGGUACGUGGAACCCAGGCCAAUACUGGCAGAAGCCAGCCGACACCCCACCUGGCCCCGAAGCCGCAGGCCCCCUUGACUCGCCAGAAACCAGCCCUUUUACCUAAGCCCCAGGUGGGACCCCAUAAGUCCACUCCACCUACCACAUCUGUCACCCCUAGUUCUGCCUCCGGGGUGGCCCUCCUUCGGUCCCAGCUCCCUGAAUCCCCAGCUCAGGAGCCUGCCCACACCCCCAUGCACAGGGGGUCAGGGACUGCUCUGCGAGGGCCAGAGCCCCUCCCCCACCACAAGGAGCUGUAGCUUAGGGGUGACAUAGUUUUGGCCCUUGGUGGGCUCCAUCCCCUCUCCUUCCCCUCCCAGCCCUGGUCCCCCAGAAACAGCAGGUGACCUCAUUCCCCCACAGGUCAGGGGAGGGAGGAUGGAAACGGGCUUCAGUUUCAUUGGGCCUGGCUCUGGGCGGUGUAAGCAGAUCCCAGGUCUGUGGAAGGGAAAGGGGGAGAG